AUGGCAAAGAUAAACAAGAAACAGAAGCAGCGGAUUCAGGCGCAAGAAGAAGAGCUAAGCCUUGAGACAGAGCAAGAGUCAAAAGCGCCGGGAACACCGCAGUACGACACAGCAAGCGACUCAGAAUCAUCAGAAACGGUUAGGUAUGCGCCUACAAGCAUUCUAAAGCUUGAUAGCUUUGCAUCACCAGCUACCACCAAGCUUCGAAGGAAGAUGUGGCUAUCUUUGACUGCUCAUGUCGAGCUUAGCAAGUUACUAGCGGCUGCAAAGAGUUCGAGCGAUCAUCAUUUCGAUACAUGGUCAAAUCCGAAGACUUUGAGAAGAGACCCAGAAAUAACACAAGACGAAUGGGAGAAAGUAAUCGAGCAACAGUACCAAACCUGGCAUAACGAUAUCACCACAAAGCUCAGUGCGGAAAUCGACGCGCACCAUUGUACCAUCCGCCAGUGGCAAAUAACCGAGGAGCACGGUAGUAUGCAAAAGUCGGAAACGCUGCGUUUGAUAAUGCAUGCCGAGACAACUACAGCCCGCCUCCGCAAGCUGCUCGUCAUACUGCGAGACUUCAAGAAUCAGAUGAAAGGAGAGUACGUCGAUGCUCACCAACAGACCGACGUCACCGAUGUUUCAUACAUUGGCUCCAUAACCCAGCGCUUAGUUGAGCCCUACCAAUCACCCCAAGUCCACAAAGCAUGGUACAAAGGUCCCGACGGCCGCGAUCUCAAUGCGUCGGAGAGGUUUAAGAAAGAUGCCAUCGACUACUAUAGUAGAUUUGCUGAUGAUUCAAUUUUGUGGUGCCCUGUCGCACGAGGAUACUCGGGUGAGGACGAGCUCCAGGCCGUCCAUCUAGUGCACUACAACACCGGAGAACGCGCCUGCGAAUACCUUUUCGGCAAGGCAGCCAACCACCAGGGCCACUUGAUGGACCCGUCGAAUAGCCUCGUGCUACCCGAAACAUUCAAAGACGCCCUCGACAGGGGUCAAAUGAUCAUCGUUCCUGCUUGUCUCGGUGACAUCGACCCGGAAUCCGGGAAGAUAGUAGAUGAAUCCGACAUAGAGCCGUACAAACUACGACUGCUGGAUCUAUCCUGGAAGAAGAGUCCAUCGGGUGAAGACAGCAGCCGCUGUCAAGCGCGCGAUUACCCGAUCGAUGGACGCAUCUUGAAAUUCAAAACCGAUACCCGGCCAAAGAAGAUGUACUUGUGGUAUCGUGCGCUCACAACAAUCGCAAUGCGAUAG